AUGAGAUACGCUUUUCUUGCCGCUGCGCUUGUUGCGCCAUCUCUUGCACAGUAUGGUGUCGCUCCCAACCCACCAGUCGUCUCUCCCCCAAGUGAGAAGCCGUUGAUCUCCGAGGCCGCUUUGAUCAAGGACGUCAAGCUUGAGGACUUGCUUGCUGGAUCUCAGAAGCUCCAGGAUAUUGCCGAUGCCAACGGCGGAAACCGUGCUUUCGGCGGUGGCGGCCACAACGCUACCACUGAGUGGCUCUACCAGACUCUGCUCGCAACUGGCGCCUACGAUGUCUACAAGCAGCCAUUCGUAGAGCUCUUUACGGCUGCCACCACCACGUUUUCUGCAAACGGCGAGGCGGUCCCGGUUGAGUACCUCACAUAUGGACCUUCUGGCACCGUGAAUGGUACUCUUGUCAAAGUUAGCAGCCUUGGAUGCACUGCUGCAGACUACCCAUCGGCCGUCUCUGGAAACAUUGCCGUAAUUUCUCGUGGCGAAUGCACUUUCGCCAUCAAGGCCGCCAACGCGAAGACUGCCGGAGCUGCUGGAGCUGUCAUAUACAACAACGUAGCUGCCACCCCUCUUUCUGGUACCCUUGGUGGUGACGGCGACUAUGCACCCGUCGUUGGUAUGACUCAGGAGGCAGGAAACGCUCUCCUCUCUCAGAUUGGCAACGGUACUGUCCAAGCAAACCUUUUCGUUGAUGCCAUCCGCGAGAACCGCACCAACUACAACGUCAUCGCCGAAACCAAGGAAGGUGACCACGAGAACGUCCUCAUGAUUGGAGGCCACUCCGACUCUGUCUACGCUGGCCCUGGCAUCAACGACGACGGCUCCGGCACCAUCGGCUCCCUUGUCGUCGGCCUCGCCCUCGCAAAGUACAAGAUCAAGAACGCUGUUCGCCUCGGUUUCUGGGGCGCCGAAGAAUUCGGCAAACUCGGCUCCUUCUACUACCUCAAGACGCUCAACGGCACUCUCUCCGGCAACAGCACCGAAGCUAGCAAGAUCCGUGCAUACCUCAACUUCGACAUGAUCGCCUCGCCCAACUACGUCCUCGGCAUCUACGACGGCGACGGCAGCGCCUUCAACUUCUCCGGCCCCACGGGCUCGGACAAGAUCGAGAAGGACUUUGAGCAGUUCUACGAGAACCGUGGCCAAGCUCACGUGCCCUCGCUCUUCUCCCUGCGCUCCGACUACGCCGCUUUCCUCGAGAACGGCAUUCCAUCCGGUGGCCUGUUCACCGGCGCUGAGGUCCUCAAGACGGAACAGGAGGCGGUUAUGUUUGGCGGCGAGGCCGGCGCACCGCUCGAUGCGUGCUACCACCAGAAGUGUGACGACAUUAACAAUCUUGCGGAAGACGCUUAUCUGCUUAACACCCAAAGCAUUGCGAACAGUGUGGCUAAGUAUGCGCUGAGCUUUGAGGGUAUUCCGAGGGCGAAUGCGACAAUCAGGAAGAGGAAUGCUGAGAGUUCGCGAUUCAUGGCACGAUUUGACGACGGUGGUCAUGCACACCACGGACAGAACUGUGGUGCGGGCAAGAACUUGGAAUAAAAGUGUAAAAGGAGGUGGGAGUGGGGGAUGAUGAAGAUAUGAGAUGAUACCUUGAUGACUUGUUAUGAUGUUGUAGUUGUAAGAAGACGCAGAAAUGCAUGAAGAGUUUAAUCGUUAC